GUUUUGACGUAUCGUGUAAUCGUUCUGCAAAAUCAACGGCUCGUGAGUUUUCUUCAGCGUGAUCGCGAACGUUAGAGGCCGACAACGACAAUGGCAGACUCGGGCGGCUGGGCAUCAGCCCAGGAGAAUGACUUUCCCAAUUUUCAAUCGAAUGACAGCUUCAAUUUGAACGAAGUCACUGGCAUCGAUGAUCUUCUGACAAAUUGUGAGAGUGAAUUGCUGAAGAAUGAGCUUUUCAGUGAUGAGGCUUUACUUUCCGAAUUGGAUGAGCCAAUGCCAGUUGAUGGAGACACAUUUAACUUCUUAAAUAUCAAUAAUGAUGAAUUUAAAGACUUCAAAGAUCCAGCUAUCCUUGAGCCAUCAAACUCAAAUGUUAUGGUGACAAUAGUGCCACAGAAUAGACCACAGAGAAUAGUAGCUUCGACAAAGCCUACAGUAUUCAGCUCACAGUACACUAUACCACAAAAUGUGAAUUUUAAUGUACAGUCGCCGAACGUUGUAACUCUAGCUCCUGUUACUCAACAGCGACAGCUACUUCUACCGGCCAAAUUAAUUAAGUCAGAAUCUCUCGUGUAUUCAAAGGGUGGACAAACCAUCACAUCGACUCCUGUUCCACAUCAAAUACAUACUCUUGUGAAUACUACAAAUGGAACAGUGUUAACUACCGGGAUACCUGUAGUAUUGGACACUGACAAGGUACAAAUUAAUCGUCUGAACACAGGCACACAUGUGAGCGUACCAAGAGUGAGAGAAGUGAAACGCAGUGCCCACAAUGCUAUUGAGCGUCGUUAUAGGACGUCGAUCAAUGAUAAGAUAAUUGAAUUGAAAAACAUUGUAGUCGGAAUUGAUGCCAAGCUAAACAAGUCGGCAAUUUUACGAAAAACCAUCGACUACAUUAGACAUCUGCAGAAUUACAGUGCAAAAUUAAAGGCUGAAAAUAUGGCGUUGAAGAUGUCUGCGCAACGGCACAAUCUUCGUGAUUUGUACCAACAAAUCCAGUGUGGAGAGCUGACACCUCCACGCUCCGAUUCGAGCGAACCAUCUUUGUCACCCGCACCUGCGCCGCCGUCACCACCAUCCCCGUCGUCGGUAAAAGACGAUUCAGAUGCGUUGCACAAUUUACACUCUGUACCAACUUCAUCCAUUGGAGGCAUGAAAGAUCACACUCGACUGACAUUAUGCGGAUUCAUGCUAUUAUUUUUAGCAUUCAAUCCUCUUGGUAUCCUUAUGAACAAUAUUGGAAGAUUCAAUUAUGAUUAUGUGAAUACGAAACUGGAUGGACGAACGAUACUCAAUUAUCCAGAUCAGUUAGAAUCGGACAAGCAACCGUGGAGCAAUAUUGUCCUCUGGUUUACUAAUCUAAUACUCUUGGCAAUUUGUCUCUAUAAACUGUUAUUUUACGGUGAUCCCAUUUUGCCUACCGACAGCAAAGUCUUUCUCGAAAUACGUCGUUGGAGACGUCAAGCCGAAUUCAACAUAUCCAAACACGAAUGCAAUCAGGCAUAUCGAGAUUUACAUCAGUGCUUGCAGUAUUUCGGCCGAUCCUUCCCGUUAUCACGUACGGAGGUUUUUCUCGCAACCACGUGGCAAAUAGUGCGGCAGACUCUUCACAAAUUAUGGCUGGGUAGAUGGGUCAUGCACAUCAGCAAGUGGUUGUCAGAGAAAUCAGAACGGCAACAGGCGGAGACAUCCGCCGUGGAAAUUGCCAUCAUUUACCAGCAUAUGCUCUGUCUUCGUAUGUCUGAAGGAACUAAAGAUUCAACGUUAUAUCUUGCUCUUUGCGCCGUCAAUUACGCGGAAACUGCUGGCGAGAGUAUGCCAAAACCACUUUUGGCAGAGAUCUACAUGAACGUCGCAUUAUGUCUAAAACAGUCCUUCUUCCCAUACAUACACAAAUAUUAUCUGGGUAAAGCACGCGUCUUGUUAUCCUCUUGCGCCGUUCCUCCGAAAUUGAAAUGGAUCAUGACCGACGAAGGCGCUAAGUUCUUGGCAUCUCAAAAGUGGCAGUACAAGAAACAGUCUGAUAACGAAUUCACAUCACAGAACAGUCGAGCAGAUCCGUUGUCAUAUGCGGCUCGUGCGUACAGGCAUCAUCUGAUCGAACAGUGUCUACGUUUAUUGACCGGCACGGUUGGAGAAUGUCAUGCAUCCUCUGUACUUGAAUUAGGACGGAUGAUUAUGGCUUCUGCGGAAGUGGAAGCCUGUUUCCCGUAUGCUGAUAAAAUUAGUGUAGCAACAUGCGAAGAUGAGAUUGGAUUAUGGUGGGGAGCUGUAAUCUGCGCUGCCGCGAGUUGGAGAUUAGGAGAAGAAGAUUCAAAGGCAUGGAGUAUUGUGGAAAGUAAAUUUCCCUACGAGAGGAACUUCCAAGUUGGCGACAACAGCAGUAGCAGCCCAUUACCUCAUGCUAUUCUUAGUGUUCUCCAGGUGGCAAAAAAUCCUACAAAGUUAGUUUCUAUGCGUUUCAUUGAUCAAGCGGGAUUACUACUCGAGCAAUCUAUGGUGUACUAUCAUUGCAAAGAGCAAUCUUCGCAGCAAGUCUUGCUUACUCAAUUAUUGGUUUGCGAUUGGCUUCUCGAGAUACGCACAAUUCUUUGGCAAGAAAUGGAUGUGGAACCAGAAAGAUCGAUUGCAAGCGUGUCUCUUGCUGGGUUCCAGCGUGAUUUGGCGUGCUUGAGACAGUUGUGUCAGCACAUCCCGUCUGUAUUGGCACGAGUAUUCCUAUAUGAGGCUACAGCACGUAUCAUGGCCGGAGCAACACCAGUUAAGACUCAGAUUUUACUGGAUCGAAGUCUGCAUCACAGAAACUCGCGUUCUUCAAUUAUAUGUGGAAAGGAUCGAUCGCAGGAGCAAAAUAACAGUGAGAGAGAGCAUGCGGUCGCGUUAUGUCUGGCGUGCAGGCAUCUACCGACGUUGCUGUUAGCCUCGCCGGGUGAACGAGCUGGAAUGCUCGCAGAGGCUGCCAAGACGCUCGAGCGAAUAGGGGACAGGAAACGUCUUCAGGAAUGCUACAAAUUAAUGCGACAACUAGGCUCUGCAAUUACUGUUAAUUAAUACGAUUUAACAUAUUUUUAUAUGUUUUUAUAUUUAUAUUGUCUGUAAGCGUUAUAAUUAAGUUAUAUAUAUUCAUUUGACAGUCAGCUUUAGACACACUUCUUUUUGAUUUUACAAAUGAUUGUUUUUUUUUUGUCAAACUGUUAUGAAAAUUUUCUUUCUUAUAUUCAUGAUACUGUCACUCUUGGGUCAGAGUGUUGCACGUAUUAUUUACGCCUAGCAACCCGUCAAGACGCGAACAAGAAAUUAUGGAUACGAAAGAGAUCGCGACAUAAUUAAGUUAUGUAUAUUCAUUCAACGGUCAGCUUUAGACACACUUUUGAUUUUACAAAUGAUUAUUUUUUUUUUUUGUCAAAUUGAUAUUAAAAUUUUCUUUCUUAUAUUCAUGAUACUGUCGCUCUUGAGUAAGAGUGUUGCACGUAUUAUUUACGCCUAGCAGCCCGUCAAGACACAAACAAAAAAUUAUGGAUACGAAAGAGAUUGCGACAUAACUGGACAAAGAGUUGUCUAAAUCUGAUUGUACUAAACAUUGUAUAUAAGACAUUUAUCUUAUGCAAUAUUUAUUAAUUUUAUUAUUGUGCAUUAAAUACAAUUUUUUGCGUUUAAA